AAAGGCUCGACUUGAGCCGAAUUUUCUCGCCGUGAUAUUAGCCACAACAAAAAAUUGGUGGUGAUCGCGCAAAAAGUUUUUGGCGCUACGUAUUUUUCGCGUUCUACCUACGGCAAGCAACAGCAAGGUGCUCGUCAGCCACGUCGUCGCCUCGUCCAGGAUUCGGCGGCCCGUCGACGGCGCGAAACUGCACAAUCACACAAGAGUUAUAGGGAAAUUCCAGCAUUCACAAUGGCAGGAGAGCAGCAACAGUUUUUUCUCAAAUGGAAUGACUUCCAAUCAAACAUGGUGUCAUCGUUCAAACAUCUGCGAGAUGAGAAAAGCUUCACGGAUGUGACAUUGGCUUGCGAUGGUCAGACUUGUAAAGCACAUAAAAUGGUCUUAUCCGCCUGUAGUCCUUACUUCAAAUCUUUAUUAGAGGAAAAUCCGUCCAAACAUCCAAUUAUAAUUCUAAAGGACGUUGCGUACAGUCAUCUACAAGCUAUCCUAGAAUUCAUGUAUGCAGGUGAAGUAAAUGUCUCGCAAGAUCAGCUACCAGCAUUUCUCAAAACAGCAGACCGGCUUAAAGUUAAAGGACUAGCUGAAGCUCCCGGUGCCAUUAAGAGAGAAGGUUAAAAAUACACACGUAAAAUAUGGUAUUUGAAAAGUGUGUGGACUGAAAAAAACUGUAAUAAUGUAAAGUGAUUGAGUAAAACACGUACCACACAACAUAAACACACAACACAACAUACAUUAUAAAUAUAUAGAGACAUAUGUAAAAAAAAUUUAAACACUGCGUGUGCACAACUCGGUGUCCUACGGUUCAUGACUUGGAUCAACACGCGGUGAUGAUGUAAAAUAAUGCCUUUUUCUUAUUCUCAGUUAAUGUUAACUGGUUGUAUUGAUAGUAUGUACACAUACAUGCAAGUAGAGAAAAAAUGUUGAUGUUUGUCUUGAACCCAUUACGCCAUAUUGGCAAUAAUAACAACACAUUGAUUAUUUUUUUAAAAAUGAAUCAUCGCGAAUCAAUGGGUCGCGAUAGUUUACAAUGCAUACUGACCGGGGCAAUCUUGGUGGAUCAAGUUGGAAAUGUUGACAACACCUGUUACAAUACCUGUUUUUCAAGCCGAUCUACCUGACUCGUAGCACUCUCCUAUCGAUUCUAUUUGGUAGAUCUAUUCACGAAGUAGCGUUAUCUUAUAUUACCAUAAUUAUUUCUGUUAUUUAUUUUUGUCGCGCGUUAGCUAUUACUUAAUUUAUCUGCGAAAUAUUGAAAAUAUUGGAGCCUGAUUUUUUAAAUCUAUAUUGUUUCUGUUGUUCGUUUGUGCAAAUUAUUAUAGAGAUGGUUAUGGAGAUCGAUCCCAUAGGGCAUUAACAAUCUUAUAUCACACUAAAUUAUGUAUAAAUACUAAUUAAAUAAUGACAAAUGAAAGUAUUUUAUUGGCAUCCAUAUAUAGAGAAAUUUUGCUCCUAUCGUGGAUAGAUUUGCGAAACCCCCGGCAAAUCAUUUAAAGAAUAUCAAAUCAGGUUUACUGGAAGUAGUAACGUGCGCGUUUAAAUAAUUCUCUUUUGUCAGUUUUGAGAUAUUAAAAUACUGUUCUUUUGCGUUCGUGUGAAAUGUAAAAAAAAAAGUUACAAAAUAUGAAAGAAAUUGUAAUAUCAUAAUUAAUCUCCGUACAAGUUACCUCUUCUAGUGAUCAUGAUUUUUACUUAACCAAAUACUGCCAGUGUUUGUACCGGCGUAUUCACAAUAUUACCGAUAUAGACCAAAUUUAUUUAUGAUAAUAAUAUAUUAAGGGUUGAAUGUCUUAAAUUGAGGGAAGGUUAUUGUAAUAUAAGCGAAGUAAAUUUUUGUAAAGUCGGAGCGCACAGUUCCUUUUCCCUCCCGAACAACCAGGACGCUCGGAAAAGUCUAGAAAGGCAAUCAGGAAACAUUAUCGAAUCAUGGACAUAAAAAUCAAUUUGUUAUAGAGGAUGUCGUGUUUUUUCUUGUCUGUAAUCAAGUAUUUUAACAUUAUUCGAAUUUCACUAUUUCAUUACUUUUAAAUUUAUGAUAAUGCUGUAUAAGUUUUCGUCAAUUGCGUUUACCGCUAAUUCGCUCAUAUUUCCUGACUUUUCUGUCUCUUUUAAUUAUACAUUGAGAAAAAAAUUCUCUAGCGUUUCGUGAGUUUUCCUUGCGAGUUUAUUGUCCUUGUGCCUAAUAUGAAUUUACUCCAACCUUCACGUGAAUUAUAUACCGAAUUAGCACGAGUGAAGUUUUAUGGACACUGAAUGCCGAUUUAUAAUUGUACACAUUCACGUAUCGAAAUGUCAGUCAUACACGUCAUACACCGCAGAAUGUUACGAAUCAUAACGCAUCAUUUCCUGUCGAUUUUGCUUCGGAUGUUUCUGUGAAUUACACAAGAGACCGCUCUGAUCGAAUUUACGAUUGUAAGAAUGGUCCAUCCAAAAAGAACUCGUCGUUCGUAAGAAUGCUUUGAACUAUUCCAUGCGAUAAAGUCGAAUGGAAUUUGACUUUGUAUCAAAGUAUAUGGCUUCCAUAUAAAUUUUGGCGAUGUCUGACGAUAACAAGUUCUGAUAAUUAACGGGACCAUUCUCGUGCAAGCGGCAUUAAAGUGAAAUUUGCGAUGUAAGACAUAAUAAUAAUUAUGUUUGUCAUCUUCUCGGAAUAAGGAUUCAAUUAUUUGAGCUUUUUCAAGCAUUGGAAGACUUCAUCAUCUUUCGUAAUUAUCCGAUAACAAUAUCGUAUAAUAGAUAUUCAAUAUUCUCUCAAUCUCAUGAGGGAAUACAACGAAUUGUCUCCCUCCGAUUUUAAUAAAUUUUAUGUAUGUUAAAAUAUAGACAAAAAUAAGAUUAAAAAAAUAUGUAUUUGUUUAAAUACUUUCUUACAUGUUAAAGGAGAGAACAUUUCAAAGAAGAGUUUUAUCUUUUUAGGGAGAUUCUCUCUCUCUCUCUCUCUCUCUCUCUCUCUCUCUCUCUAAAAUCGUUUAUUUUAGUGUGUAUCGACCUUACAUAAAUCGUGUAAGUCCCACUGAAUCGGUAAAGCAGACGUCUCGUUGGAGUUCGAUCUUCAGUUAAAGAUCUCCUUUUGUACACACUUUAACAUAUCAAAAUUUAAUAAAAUCGGAAAAGGAUACUUGAUUGUAUUCCUUUGUCAAUAUUUAAGGCAGUGUUAAAAGCGUCGAAAUGGAUGGGUUCAGUUCCUACAAUGAUAUUGUUUGCCGGGCAUUUGGUGGCUAAAUGUGAAUAAUAAUACCAUGUACAUUUGCUAUGCUGUAAAUUUGGAAUACAAUUAUUGUAGAAUAGCAAAUCUCAUAUACAAGUGAACGUUCGCGCGCUAAAUUCACGAUUAUAUCGUAUAGCCUUUUCCCUUAUGUUUCUCGCUCCAUCUCCGACUUCCAUAUAUUGCACUUUUCACAUUCACAACUCGAAAUUCUUCAAAUCGAUUCGUUUGCACAAGUUAUCGGGAUGAAUCUCUCUUCCCUCUCUCCCUCUCUUCCUUUCUUCUGUCCUUUCUCCAUUUUGUUAUUCCUGCUGUUCUAACCGAAAUUCAAAAUCCUUAUUAACGUUACUUUUGCUAUUAUAUGACUCGAUAAUGAUUAUGAUAUGAUGUUGAGAUAUAAAAUAAAUUGUGUAAAUAUGCCA